AUGAAGAAUACGAGUAGGUGCAGGCGUGCACAUGGCAAAACAUUUCAACUGGUACGAGGGCGGCUAAGAUCCCCCGCUGCCCCCCGCAGCCCCGGCGCUGGAGCUGAGCGUGCUGCCCCGCAGGAGAAGGACCUCAUCCACAAGCUGUUCAAGGUGCUGGCACCCCGGUUCCAGCCCCACCCCGGCAGCUACACACGCCUGCUGCAGAUCCCCAACCGGGAUGGCCUUGACCGCGCCAAGAUGGCAGUCAUCGAGCUCAAGGGGAACCCCUUCCCACCGCUCAUCUGCCCGCGCCGCAACACUGAGAAGACGCUGCUCAACCAGCUCCUGAAGGGCUACCGGGAGGACAUGCGGCAGGCGGCAGCCCCGCAGGCCCCCGAGGGCACCCCUGUCUAGGCAUCCCCCUCCGCCCUGAGGGAGGCCCCAUGCGUGCGCAGGAACGGGGCUCAGCCUGAGCUGCCCGUGCACCAGCCACCUGGUUGCUGUCCUGGAGCACAGGAAUGGGAAGUGCCCUGGGAGGUCUGAAGGUCGAUCACCAAUUUUGAGUUGCCACAACAGAGGUGCAAGCUCAAAGCUUACUUGCGUCUUCCUGGGGUUUGAAUAGAGACUCAGCAAGAGAAGGAAAUCAAGCUGGGAUCCCUAAUGGUUGAUAUUCUCUGUGUAAAUAAACUCUGUUCAGAAAGUGA